UUUAAUUGGUUUAAUUACUCUGAUUAUAAUCACAUAUAUUGGCCGUACAAUAAACGAAAAAUAAAAUAAGGGUUAGCUAAGAGUUUCAUAGACAACAAUUUUUCUAAACAGAGCUUUGUCACGCAAUUGUCUUGAAAAUGUACCCUUUCCCACGUCUAUGUACUUUAUAUAUAUUGUAUCUUUUUUAAUUCUUCGGUUAUUCGUUAAGGUAAAACCAUUAAGUCUGGUCAUAAAAUAGUAAACAAAAAUAAUUUCAAACAUUUUUAGUGAAAUUGAAACAGUGACGAUGUAAAAACGAGGUGGAACGUUGUGAGUCACGGCUAAGUUUUCUUCAAAAUUGUGGACUCCACACAUUUUCGUCCUUUGUGUGGGCGGUAGAGGGCGGGGAAAAUUUUUGCAACAAACUUGAUACAUAUGACUGUUUAAUACAUCAACUAUUGACAAUAUACGUGCGGCUGACAUAGGUUUCAAGAAAUGAUACAAAAGUCCUACAGUUAUUGGAGAUGGCCGAAAGCAAUAGUAAACUAUAUUAAGGUAUACUUUCAAAAGUGUUGCAUACAUGGAUUCAAAUAUGUUGUCGAAAAAAUGUUUACCUUACUGGAGAGAUUCCUGUGGCUUAUUUUGUUGGUGGUUUCUAUAUAUUUCUGUAUUGUGGUCUGCCUAUCUUCUAUCGAUCGAUACUACACCAAGAGUACACACAUCGGAUUAGAACGAAACUACCACUUUUGGAAUACUACCAUACCAAGUUUAACAGUAUGCCCAAUGCAACGAAUUAACGAAAGUUUAUUCAGUGACUACUGUCGGAAAAAUGGCAUUAAAGGACAAUACAAAGAGGAAUUUUGGGGAUUCAUUGAAAAUUUGGCAAAUUCUACAUACAAAAAUUUUCAAAACAUUCCGGAAAGCGAGUAUAUAGACAAAUUACUUAAUGUUCUCGGUAUUAAACCAGCUUUAUACAUGGAGCUAAUUUAUAAUCUUACCUAUGAUAGCUCUUAUGAGCCCGUGGAAAAGCAACGAACCCGUAGUAUCGAUGGACAGAUUAAUAUUCAUGUACGACAAGUUCUCACGGAAUACGGCUUGUGCUACUUAGGUAACUCAAAGCUGGGGGAAGAGUACAGCUCGCGUUACUUGAUAUUUGGAGUUUAUCCUGAAGUUAACAAAUAUGAACAGAGCCGACGAUUACUAAAAGCGCAGAUCGGCUCGUUUUUUGAAAAGGAUGUUGGAUUCACUUUAUUGGGCUUUAGUAGCGAAGCUAUAGAUAGCUAUAUUCAUUCAGCUUUUGAGGUAAUGAAAGUAGAUAAUAAUUUUGGGUACACUGAAGAAGGUGUUGUUUAUGAUCCCGAAAGCGAAGAGAUAAUUGCUGAGGAAAACCUUGAGAAAGAAGCUACCAUUGGACAAAGAAAAUGUCGUUUCUAUCACGAAUCCAAUCUGACCCAUUUUCCCUUCUAUACUAGAAAUAUUUGUCAACAAGAGUGUCGAAUUAAUCUUGCUUACAAAAUUUGUAAAUGUAUUCCUCACUUUUAUCCAAACCGUAUUGCAGAACCUAAGCCGGUGUGUAAUUAUAAAAUUCUUAAAUCGUGUUUCCCAAAACAUGCAAAUUUUUUUCUUAAACUGUACGAAGAAAAUGGUUUCCAUGAUAAGCCAGCGACAUGCCACUGUGAACAGAACUGCCUUGAUGCAGUAGUUACAACAAAAAGUGCUCUGCCCAUGAUAGGAUCGAAACAGCUACUCGGAAGUAUAGGAAGUGCUAUUUCUAUGAAAACUUGGCCCCAGAAUAGGCUUAAGCGACAAGUCAUAUUUUCCUUUACUGAUCUCUUAGUUUCCAUUGGCGGAACUGCAGGUCUGUUUCUCGGAUUCAGUGUUUUGGGCUUAGCUGAGCUUUUUUACUUUUUUACAAUCCGAUUAGUUUGGCAAAUACUUGGCUAUACAAUCUAAUGUAUGUAAAUAUGUCCAAUUUUUUGUUUUGUAAUUUAAUUAAUUCGAAGCAAUGAGCAUGAGCGCGAUAGCAGAUAAUUUAAGAAAAUUCGGUUACAAGAUAUUAGAAGAGAUGAGUGGUAUGUCUUAAAAGCUAUUAAAUGCUGCUCCUUUAUUUCGGUACCUCAAUGUAUAAUUUAUGAAAUAUAUGGAUACAUUGGUAUUUUGAAAUACA